CGGCGCGAACAACGGCGCAGGCGCUGAGGCUCGGGGCCGUUGGCAUAGAACUGAGCAUGCGUACCAACUACAAGGGUGGGCGCUGGGGUUGAGGUUGUCGACUAACACCGCAGGAGCCAGACCUGUGGGCGUUCAGAUGGAGCCGUCCGCUAGUCAUCCUCCAAGCAGAAAAGUCCCAGCCAAAGAGGAAGGCAAUGCUGUCCCUCUUUGUCGAGCCAAACCCUCCCCCAGCUACAUCAAUCUUCAAGCAAGUUCCCCACCAUCUGCUUUCCUCAACAUCGAGACCACAAAACUAUCCCCAGUUGACCAGCAGCCCAAGGAGUGCCUGGGACUCCUAGAGAGUAUGCAUGCCAAUCUCCAGCUUCAGACCCAGCUCGCUCAGCGACAGAUGGCUAUUUUAGAAGACUUACAAGCAUCCAUGACACAACUCUCUCCCAGGAGGGAAAGCAAGGAUUCCUCCCUCCCAGCCUUAUAUGGUAAUCUGCUGUGAGAUCACCCGCCCCAAUUCAGUAAACGAAUUGUGGAA